AUGCCUGUCUACUCAGAUAAGCCAGACAGCCAACAAGCACUGUCAUACAGAGACAACACUUACCCUUCAUACGAUAUAAAAUACGACCUGCCCUCGACCAAGUUCCUAGGGACACUCAAAACCAUGUCCUCCUUACCGGAAAACAGACCGUUGAACCCCAGCGUCAUCUUCCGAUCCUUGACCCCUCCUUCUCAACACUCGUCCACCUCAUCUCACAAUGGCUCAUCUCCAGUGUUUCUAAAGUUCAUCAUCAGCACCGUCGCUCUUCUGCGGUUCAUCGCCGUCGCUCUCAGUCUCACACUGGUCUUCCUCGAGUGUGACGGUAGAAGGCGCUACGAUGGCCUCGCCAAGCUCUUCAUCUCCCUGGCCAUCCUGCAGCUCCUAUGGCUCACCAUUGCGCUAUUGGUGCAGGGCAGGCACCGUCCGAACAUCCGGAACAAGCCCGUGAUUAUCGACCUCGGAUGCGUUAAAUGCAUCUUUGGCCGCCGUGGAUGGGGUGGUGACGACGACGAAGAAAGCACCGGUGGCAUUCUCAGCUGGUUCCAUGACGAUAAGAAGAAGAGGAAGGCGCUGAGCUGGGUUUACACUGCUCUCGACAUCACCUUUGCCGCUUCUUCUUUCACGUCGGGUGUCAUUGCCGCUGGCGACCCUUACUGUUGGCUUUAUGAGGGCCAUGUUGGCAUCGCGGUUGUUGCCAUCGUCUUAGGUGUUUUGGAGGCCGUUAUUGCAAUCGCCCAGCAGUUCUCAAUCUUGAGGCGUGCCAAGGUCCAGGUCUUGUGGGACGAGGACGACGAGGACGACCUUGGCUUGCACAAGUACCGCAUUCGACUUCCCCAAGCUCCGGAGCAGAGACAUGCCCCCAUGUCUAUUUCUUCCGAGUAA